GGACUGACUCUGAGGAAGCUUGAGGGAGAAAGCGAGAGAGAGAGAGAGAGAGAGAGAGAUGGAGGGGGAGGAUGUGAUGGAGACGGCGGCGAACGGCCACCCGCUCGGUCAGUGCUUGAGCACCUACAUAGACCAGGGCAGCAUCGAGAGCCACCGCUACUACCUUGCCCGCCGAACCCUACUCGAGAUGCUCCAUGAUCGUGGCUACGUCGUCCCGCAGUCCGACCUCAACCAGUCCCUCGAGGAGUUCCGGGCCGCCUGCACCCAAAACCCUGACGUCGAGCGCCUUCGCAUCUGCUCCGCCCACCGCUCCGACCAUUCCAAGCGCAUUAUGGCCAUCUUCUGCGGGCCGAGCAUCGUGAAGGUGAAUGUAAUGAGGCACAUUGGGAGUCAGAUUGCUAACAAGGACAGUUUGAGUGGCCUGAUUCUAGUCCUGCAAAGUGAGAUCACCAAUCCAGCCAUGAAGCAUGUGGAAAAUUGGGCCUUUAAGGUUGAGAUAUUUCAGAUUACUGACUUGCUUGUUAAUAUAACAAAGCACGUCCUCAAGCCAAAGCACAGGGUUCUUACUGAGGAUGAAAAGCAGAAACUCUUGAAGAAGUAUAGCAUACAUGAGAAGCAGCUUCCUCGAAUGCUGCUGAAAGAUGCAAUUGCGCGGUACUAUGGGCUGGAGAAGGGGCAGGUGGUGAAAAUUACACAUAGCGGCGAAAUCACCGGCUCCCAUGUCACAUAUCGCUGCGUGUGGUGAUUGCUAAAAAAAAAAAUGUGAUCUAUUCACUUGUUCCUGGACAGUGCUGAGAAUCCUCUAUAAUGUAAAUCGAUUAUCGGAACGCCUGUAGUAUCCUUGUACUCCCUUUUAAACUGAAGUGCUUGCCGACUUAACUGAUCUCUUCUUUGUUUUAGUUCUGCCGA